AAAAAAUUGUAAAAAAUUAACAAAUCGUGAAAAUUAUUAAAAGAGAGACCUCACUUAUUGACCUGCCAUGACGCAAAGGAAGUACUUACAAUUAGAAUUAUAAAGUGAUGAAAGCAAGAGCUAAAGGCAAUAUAUAUAUGGCAAUAAUGAAUAGUUAUGGAAUUCUACUAGAUUGCAUUGCAAUAGUCAUUUGAAUUGUUUAUAUAAAGGAGCUUUUCGUUAAGUGAAUCAGAGUUACUUUUCCUGUGCUAUUGAAAUGAUAUCAUAGUGAUAUUGAGAAGUUUAAAACCAUAUAUACAUAUACACACACACAUAUAGAUUAUCCAAAAGAAAUAAUUAAAAUUAUGGAUGAUAAAGAAGUAUUUGGCUCGCGGAAAAGUAUUGAUUCAGGCGAGGAGAUUGUUAUUUCUGGAAUUGCUGGCAGAUUUCCAAAUUCAAAUAAUAUACAACAGUUACGAGAAAAUUUAUUUAAUAAAAUCGAUCUUGUUGGAAUGGAUCAUGGCCGAUGGAAAAUAGAGCAUCCGGACUUACCAAGCCGUAUGGGAACAAUUAAUAAUGUAGAAAAAUUUGAUGCGGACUUUUUUGGAUUAUCUUUCGAGCAAGCACAUACAUUUUCACCUGAGGCGAGAAUGUUAUUAGAACAUUCUUACGAAGCAAUUAUUGAUGCAGGGAUUAACCCAAAACAACUGCAAGGAAAAAAUACUGCCGUAAUAAUAGGGAUAUCUUUUGUUGAAAUGCAAGAGAAAUUUUUAUAUAAUAAUAUUCAGGUAAAAAAUUUAUUAAAUUAUAACAAUACUGAAAAGAAAUCGCAUUUAUCAUUAACAUGCGGAAAAUUGUAAUGUACUCAGAUUUCGUAAUUAGGUAGAUGAUUUGAA